CCGCGCGGGCCGCCCCGAGCAGCCGGGCGGGCGGGCGGGGCCGUUCCGCGGAGGCGGGGCCCGGGGCCGCCAUGGCGGAGUGGGGCCGAGGUCAGAGUCCAGGUGCCGUGGAGGAUAUGCUGGAUGCGGAGAACAAGCGUAUGGCAGACAGCCUGGCCAGCAAGGUCACCAGGCUGAAGUCGCUGGCUCUGGAUAUUGACAAAGAUGCUGACGAGCAAAACCGUUACCUGGAUGGCAUGGACUCAGAUUUCCUGAGCGUGACUGGCCUGCUCAGCGGCAGCGUGAAGCGGUUCUCCGGCAUGGCGCGCUCCGGGAGGGACAACCGCAGGCUGCUCUGCUCUGUUUCAGCUGGGCUGGUCGUUGUUUUCUUCAUCCUCUACUACCUUGUGUCCAAAGCAGGGACCUGAGCUUGUUGUUCUGCAAGUUCUACAAACAAACAACACGACAAUUGACAGACUUGCUCAACGCCUUCCUCAGCCUGCCCUGUAGUGGAGUCUGAGGAGUUCCACAGACCUUCCAAAUAACUUUUCUUUCCACCAGCUUCUUGUCAUUGUUCUGGCUGGUCUCAGACAGCUCUUUAUAAAAUGCCUGUUUGAUUCUAAACUAAGGUUCAUGCA